AGUGUGGCUUUUACUUCAUCCAGGAAGAAUUUUUUUUUCUCAUAGCCGGAGUUACACUGUUUGAACACGCUGGAUUAUCACAAUUCUCCGUACUUGGGAUAAGAGUGUCGACUCAUAAAAUGAGCAGCAGUGCGAGCAGUCAGGAGUCUGGGUGUUGCUCCCCUGCGCGUUACCAACAGGAGAACUUGUACCACCAGACCGCCAAUAUCAGCAGCAACCUUCAACUCAUCCCCUACACCAAACUAACAGGUCUAAAGUUUAUUAACAAGGGAGCUUAUGGAACUGUACACAAGGCCUUCCAUGCCGACUGGAGAGUACCGGUAGCUGUAAAGUUCUUCCCAAAAGAGCGCCAUCUAGUGGAAAGUGACAGAAACAAGAUCUUCAAAGAAGCAGACAUUUUGCACAAAGCCAGGUUUAGCUAUAUCCUGCCAAUCCUGGGAAUUUGUUAUGAGGAGGAAAAUAUUGGCAUUGUGACAGAAUACAUGACCAAUGGAUCACUCAACCAGCUGUUACAUGAGGAAAACCCAUCACCGGAGAUUGUAUGGCCGCUAAGGUUUCGGAUUCUAUAUGAGAUUGCAUUAGGAGUAAAUUUUCUACACAAUAUGACUCCCCCAUUGCUGCACCAUGACUUAAAGACACCAAAUAUCUUGCUAGACAGUGAAUUCCAUGUAAAGAUUGCUGACUUUGGACUUUCAAAAUGGCGCAUGCUGUCACAGUCUUUCAGUGAUCACACACCAGCUGGAGGAACUAUUAUAUACAUGCCCCCUGAAAUGUAUGAGCCCAACAUCAAUACCGGCAGAGGGAGUGUUAAGCACGAUAUGUAUAGCUAUGCUAUUAUCAUGUGGGAAGUUCUGUCGAGGAAACAGCCGUAUGAAGGUGCCACAAACCCAAUGCAAAUCAUGUUCAGUGUGGCAAAGGGUAAUCGUCCAGACUUAACUGAGGAGAGCCUUCCUGCAAACAUGCCUCAUCGGGAUGUGUUUAUAUCAUUAAUGCAGAGCGGCUGGGCCUGCGAACCCAAUGACAGACCGGCUUUCCUGAAAUGUUUGUUGGACCUUGAGCCUCUGAUCAGAAGUUAUGAUGAUGUUUCAAUGCUGGAAGGAAUACUGCACAUAAAGAGAGCAAGAGGGAACAUUCCACCAGACUGGAGAACCUCUUCAAAUAUUUCUGUAUCUCAUAUGCUAACUGUUGUGAAGCCAAAUGAUGAAGAUAUCAAACCUGGUUUUAAAAACUACCUGGUAAUUGCAGCUUCCAUAUUUUAUCAUAGCACCUGCCCUUUUAGACAUUCUGGAGAUUACUUUGAUAGGUCACAACCACCAACAUAUACACAAACAACUAACCCUUCUUCUGAUACACGAGUAAUUGGUCCUCAGCAAGAAACUCUGGGUUCAGCAAUUAUGUGGGUUGUAUGCAGGCGAGAUCAAAUUGUAAAUCAGAUGACGGACGCUUGUCUCAAUCAGUGCCUGGACGCUCUUAUUUCGCACAUGAUCAUCAUAAAGGAGGACUAUGAGCUGGUCAGAUCAGAGCGCACAAGGAGUGCAAAAGUUCGAAGGCUUAUCGACACAUGUGAAAUGCAAGGAGAACUAUUUGCCAAGAUUAUUGUGCAGAAGUUGAAGGAUAACCGACAAAAUGACCUUAAGCCUUUCCCAGAGUUUGUGCAGGAUGGUUAGGA